CUGUGGUCCAGAACUUCUGCUGACAUGGGAGGCUGGAGGAACGAAAUCCACAGUCAAGGCUCAGAAAAGAAAGGCAGCCUUCCGCUGGUCUUCGUGUAGUCAACCGAUGGAUUAACAAGAUUUUUUAAAAAACUUGCUUUUCAUUUGUUUCAGGCUUUUCCUAUUACUUAAAGAGAUAUUUCAAAAGCCUUCAGGUCACGCUUGUGCUUUGAAUUUGCUGGGUGUCAGAGUCAGGAAGUGAACUCGACGGUGAUCGUGUCGAGAUCACGGUGGGACCCGAGAGACGCGCAACCAUGAGAGAGGAGGUGUCCUGCGCUAACUCUCCCGAGGGGGGACUGCUAGCCAGCGAAGAGGACCUGGACCAUGGGCCGAAGAAGUGUGCCACCCCUGGCGGGCCCAGCGGGCGAAAGCGAGUGCCCUACCCCAAGAAAGCCGGCAGCAGCAGCGCCGGUCGGGUCGAGGAACGGGCCGCGGGGAGUCCCGGCUGCCUGGUCCCAUCGGGGCCAAAGAGACCCAAGAAAAGCCCCCCGGCAGUGGGGCCCGAGGCACCCCUGGAAGACCUGCACACUCAGCGGGUGAUCGCCAAUGUGCGUGAGCGGCAGCGCACCCAGUCACUGAACGACGCCUUUGCUUCGCUGCGCAAGAUCAUCCCCACGCUGCCCUCAGACAAGCUGAGCAAGAUCCAGAUCCUGAAGCUGGCUUCGCGCUACAUUGACUUCCUCUACCAGGUGCUGCAGAGCGAUGAGAUGGACAGCAAGCUGGCCAGCUGCAACUACCUGGCGCACGAGAGGCUGAGCUAUGCCUUCUCCGUCUGGAGGAUGGAGGGGGCCUGGUCCAUGUCCGCCACCCACUAGCCAACACCCCCUACCCAUCACCCCUAUCCUCACCCUCAGUCCUCACCCACAUAUCCCAGCUCUCCACCCCUUGUUCCCCAUCCCUUAUGCCACUCUGCUUCAGCUGCUCACCUGCAGAUCUACAGCCUUUUGUCUCUGAAAAAAAAACCUGUGAAACUGGACAGUCGUGCGACUCUGGGAGAUGAACUUUCAGCACCAGGGGAACUGAAACUGCCCACACUUUCUAACUUCGCCUUACUGAUGGAUGUAAAAAAAUACCUGCAAAGAACCGGAUCCUGGAGAUUUCAUGUUCUCCUGAAUCCUUCGAAGAAGAGCUAUCGAUGUCUACAGCUUGACGGGGAUGAUCGCUCAGUCAACUCAAAGGACUGGAUGUAACACAGGUAAAAAAAAAAAAAGAAAAAACAGAAAAAUAGCAUCAUGUCAGUGACUUUCAUCAUAAUGUUUUCUA